CCUAUCGAACCACAGUCACACUGCAGAGACUUUCAGAUUAUUUUGAGAAAAUAUUUAGAAUAUACCAAAAUAAUUACCACUAGCAGUUAUUAAAGACUGCUUUUUUGGCGCUCAUCUUUCAAAGAAGUAUUUUUAACCAAUUCCGACAAACUGCAUCGCCGAAAGCAGAGCUCCGUGAUGAAGGUCUAUAAGACGGAGGAGGACAAGAAAGUGAAGCGACUGUACCACCAACGCUAUCGCACCGAAUGGGAGAAGUAUCCAGCGUUCUGCAGCUGGCUUGGCUCCAGCAACGAUGGCUACUCGGCGCACUGCCGGAUCUGCGACACCAAUGUCCUGGCCAGGUUGGCCUCCAUCAAGCAGCAUCUGGUCACCCGGAAGCACCAGAACAUGGUCAAGGGUGAGCUCUGCAAGGUUGAGCACGACCCGGAAUUGGAGGCUUCUAUCAUUUCACCCGAUGAAAAGGACAAGCCACUAGCCAAACCGAAGACGAAACCUAAACCCAAGCAAAAGAAGAAAGUGCAGCCAAGGAUCAAGAACGAGCCAAAGGUGGAGAGAAUGGAGACAGAAGAAGAGGACGAGGAAGAGGAUAUUGCCUCCAAUGACUCAAUCCUGGAUGAUCUGCUGAGAACCGACCAGCAGUAUCAGGAGGAGGAACACGAGUAUGUGGUUGAAAACGAGCUCGUCGAUGAGCAACCGAACGAGGAUGACGAUGUCCACGAGGUGGUCUACGAGGAGGAGCUGAUUGGCAUCAAGCAGAACGAUUCGGAGAUACAGAACGACUUUCAUGAUGACCCCAUGUCCGAGGAUGGCGUUCUGAGUGAAUUUGACCUGUUUGGCAAGAGCUUGGCCCUGCAGCUGAACAACAUGGACCUGGAGGACGCCCUACUGUGCCAGGAGCGUCUGCAGGUGGUGCUCACCGAGUUCCGCCUGAAGCUCAUCAAGCGCAAGAAGGAGUUGAAGCGCAGUUCUUAGGCUUAGAUUUUAUAUCAAGUUACGUUGUCUUAUGUACAUAGAAUAAUCUUUUUAACAACUAAAUAAAUAAACUAUUCCGACUCAA